CCUAUAUGAAUUUAGUGUUUAUUUAUAUUGUUGAAUUAUUAAAUGUAAGAUUCCAAAGCCAUGGCUGAUCAGAACAAGUUUUGUUCUUUUUUGGACCGAUACGACAAUCCAAAUUGCCGUCCGAAAUGCGCAUCUACACAUUGCCUGUUUAAUUUUUUGCAGGAGAGCUGUGCAAAGAGUUUGGGGUAAACAGAAUGUCAAGUGCAGAGAAGUGGUGGACGAAGGAGAGUGUGGCGCUGGUGACAGGCGCAAAUAAAGGCAUAGGGUUUGAGGUUGCUCGGCAGCUUUGCGAGAAUGGAUUCACUGUAAUUCUCACUGCUCGAAAUGAGGAGCGAGGAAGAGCUGCUUUACAUUCUCUGAGAUCUCAGGGAUUUCAACACAAUUUGGAAUUCUUCCCAUUCGAUGUCACUUCAGACGAGAGUGCGUGUCGUCUAGCAGAGUGGAUCAAGCACAGCUAUGGAAAACUGGAUAUCCUGGUACAAAUUCUUUUGGACUACUAUCAUUAUUAUAAAUUUUUUGUUUUCCAAGCAUAUGAAAUUGUGUUUUAUUCUAAACUUUCAAAUAAGGAAACCUAG